GGCAGCAGAGAGCACACAGGCAGGCAGGCACGCAGGAGGUGUCCGGACGACAAGAUGGGCAACCGCGGCAUGGAAGAUUUGAUCCCACUGGUCAACCGGCUGCAGGAUGCGUUCGCGGCCAUCGGCCAGAAUGCCAGUUUGGACCUCCCUCAGAUCGCCGUGGUGGGCGGCCAGAGCGCUGGCAAGAGUUCCGUUCUGGAGAAUUUCGUGGGCAAAGAUUUCCUCCCGCGCGGGUCUGGCAUUGUCACUCGGCGCCCCCUAGUGCUGCAACUCAUCAACUGCCCGACAGAAUAUGCCGAAUUCCUACACUGCAAAGGAAAAAAGUUCACGGACUUCGAGGAAGUUCGUCAGGAAAUCGAAGCGGAAACGGAUCGAGUGACGGGACAAAACAAAGGAAUCAGUCCGGUUCCCAUCAACCUGCGUGUCUUCUCGCCCAAUGUGUUGAACCUGACGCUGGUCGAUCUUCCCGGGAUGACCAAGGUCCCGGUGGGCGACCAACCGGCGGACAUCGAGCAGCAGAUCCGAGACAUGCUCAUGCAGUUUGUCACCAAGGACAACUGCCUCCUAUUGGCCGUUUCUCCCGCCAACUCCGACCUCGCCAACUCCGACGCGCUUAAGGUGGCCAAGGAGGUGGACCCCCAAGGUCUCCGAACCAUCGGCGUGAUCACCAAACUCGACCUGAUGGACGAAGGAACCGAUGCCAGAGACAUCCUGGAGAACAAACUGCUGCCGCUUCGCAGGGGUUACGUCGGCGUGGUGAACCGCAGUCAGAAAGACAUCGACGGCCGGAAGGACAUCACGGCGGCGUUGCAGGCCGAGAGGAAGUUCUUCCUGUCCCACGCCUCCUACCGACACCUGGCCGAGCGCAUGGGAACCGCUUACCUGCAGAAGGUUCUCAACCAGCAACUAACCAAUCACAUCCGAGACACACUGCCCGCCUUACGCAGCAAACUGCAGAAGCAGCUGUUGGACAUCGAGAAGGAAGUCGCCGAGUACAAGAACUUCAAUCCGGACGAUCCCUCUCGCAAAACCAAGGCCUUGCUGCAGAUGGUGCAGCAGUUUGCGGUGGACUUUGAGAAGCGAAUCGAAGGUUGCGGCGAUCAGGUGGACACCAGCGAGCUCUCGGGAGGAGCCAAGAUCAAUCGCAUCUUUCACGAGCGCUUCCCCUUUGAUCUCGUCAAAUUGGAGAGCGACGAGAAGACCCUUCGCAAAGAGAUCAGCUACGCCAUCAAGAACAUUCACGGCAUCAGGACAGGCCUGUUCACGCCCGACAUGGCCUUUGAGACCAUCGUCAAGCGUCAGAUGAGCCAAAUUAAAGAACCUUGUCAUAAGUGCAUCGACAUGGUCAUCAACGAGCUCGUCAACACCGUCAGACUUUGCGCCCUCAAGUUGGCCCAGUACCCGUUGCUGCGAGAAGAGAUGGAAAGAAUCGUCACUCAGCACAUCCGAGACAGAGAAAGUCGCACCAAAGAGCAGGUCCUGCUGCUGGUGGACAUCGAGUUGGCGUACAUCAACACAAACCACGAAGACUUCAUUGGUUUUGCAAAUGCUCAGCAGAAGAGCAGUCAGAUGAGCAAGAAGAAGGCGAGCGGCAAUCAGGAUGAAAUCAUGGUGAUCCGCAAAGGCUGGCUGACCAUCAAUAACAUCGGCAUCAUGAAGGGCGGAGCCAAAGAGUAUUGGUUUGUUUUGACCGCCGAGAAUUUGUCCUGGUACAAAGACGACGAGGAGAAGGACAAGAAGUACAUGCUGACAGUUGAUCGCCUGAAACUCAAAGACAUCGAGAAGAGUUUCAUGUCCAGCAAGCACAUUUUUGCUCUCUUCAACACUGAGCACAGGAACGUGUACAAGGAUUACCGUCAGCUGGAGUUGGCCAGUGAGUCUCAGGAGGAGGUGGACAGUUGGAAGGCGUCUUUCCUACGCGCGGGAGUGUACCCCGAACGCAGCGUGGAUAAAGAAAAGGUGGAGGCGGAGGACUCCAGCGGCGACGGGCAAAUCCACAGCGUGGAUCCUCAGCUGGAGAGGCAGGUGGAGAUCGUUCGGAGCCUGGUGGACUCUUACCUGUCAAUCAUCCAUCGCACCAUCAGGGACCUCGUCCCCAAGACCAUCAUGCACCUUAUGGUCAACAAUACCAAGGACUUCAUCCACGCCGACCUGCUGGCUCAGCUUUACUCGUGCACCGACCAAAAUACUCUGAUGGAGGAAUCCCAGGAACAGGCUCAGCGCCGCGACGACAUGUUGAGGAUGUACCACGCUUUGCGAGAAGGACUCAACAUCAUCGGCGACAUCAGCACGUCCACCGUCAGCACCUCCAUGCCGCCGCCCGUGGAUGACUCGUGGCUGCAGGUGACGGGGAUGCCGUCGGGCCGCAGGUCCCCGAUGUCCAGUCCCACGCCGCAACGCCGAGCCCCGCCCGGCCCCCUUCGCCCAGGGGCCCGCGCGCCACCCGGCCCCCCCUCUCGUCCCGCCGUGUCACCCGACCCCGGACCGUCCGUACCGUCUCGUCCCAACAGAGCGCCGCCGCCGCCUGGAGUUCCCAGAAUCUCCAUCAGUGAUCAGUGAGGAUCCACCGGCGAGAUCUCGCUCCACCCCAUGACCCCGCCCUCCACUGAUGACCUGCGGUCCACGCAUCCCCGCCCACUUGUUUGAGGUUUUGUGUCACUGUGUUGUAGUUUGGUGACGGCGACGUCAUAUUAUCACGUGAGUGUUCCCGUUAGGAUUUUUUUUUUGGUCUUCUUUUUGUGGACGUAAAUCAAAAGAUUGAAAGAAAAGGGCCAGCAGAAGGUCCGACUUGUCUCGCUAUUUGGCGAGCCGAGUAACUCGACGAGCGAGAUAAGUGCAAUCGGUCAAUUAUUUAUUCAUUUUUCCUCUUGAGUCAAGAUGAGAAAAUGUGCAUCUUUACAAUGUAAAGUGUGGCUUUUGUUUGGAAUGAAAGAUUAUUCAUUCAUCCAAAUUUAUGGUGUGAUUUAUUUAUAUGCUUAACUUAUUUCUGAUCAAGGUCGCAGUUUAGUUACCAACCAGAGUUUGCAUAUAUUCUUUUUUUUUAAUUUAAUUUUUUUUAAAGAUUCUGCCAAAUUUAAACUCAGUAAAGCCAUUCAUGAUGAAUCAAUAUCAUAAACUGAUUUCAAAGACUUUCUUUGUAGAUGUAUGCACUGUAUUCUUGAAAUUGUCUAUCCAAAAAGCACGUGGGCGAUGACGUCGAUGAUGAUGAUGAUGAUGAUGAUGAUGAUGAUGACGACGCCAGAGAUUAGACAGACGACGGACACCUUUUAUCAAUGAAAACGGAUCGCUAUAUAGAAUUACUGUCUUUGACUGUCGUAUGUUUGUCAUUAAUGUUAUUCAUGCAGCAAUGCAUCAGCAUGCACUUGACGUGUUUGUAGCUGUGACAUGUCGUGUGACGUCGUAAAGUGACGUCAGAGUGCACUUUGUAACCAGUCGCGUGUUCAAGCGUGUGAUUCCGAUUCAAUGGUGACGCCUCAAGUAGUGUGUAUGUGUGUGUGUCGUGAGGGAGGGGGGGUAAAUUAUGCAGUCGGAUGAUUGUCCCGUGACCCCCACAAAAUGAAGACAUUAUUAAAAGAUUAAAGCCUG